CGUUGCGGCCACGUCGGGUCAAUUUUUUUGUGUCUCUUCAAAAAUAAUAAUAAUAAUUACGAAUUUUCAUUAUUUAUAAAAAUAUAUUAAAUUUCAUAAAAAAGUUUAUUUCCUCUUGUUUCUCGUGAUGUUUGAAUAAAACCAAAAAGAGGAAAAAGUUUUUUUUAGCAAGGACGUCGCAACGCCCCCUUCCCAUGUUUUCCAGUGUUAUUCUUGAAAAAUUAUUUCUAUCCCUUGGUGUGAGAAAAAUGUCCGAGGAAUAACAAUUGUCUCUACAAAAAAAAAGAAGACAAAAAAAAGUGUUGUGUGUCUCUUGAGUUUUAUGGAUCUGUUUCACAAAGAAGACGGAAGAAACAUUUGAUUCAUGAUACAAGUUUUUUGCUUGUCUCACAAGAUAGUUAAUUUUUGAAGAAAAGAAUAAUUUUCCCAAAACUAGUGUUUUUGUUUUUAUUUUGAAAAUGCAUCAUACAGCGCCUUGGUAUUUGCCCUGGGGGUUGAAGUUGGUACCGUUGCCGAUACCACCUGGACAUCCGGCUUCCGGAAUACCAAAUCCUCCACUGCAUCUUUUGACACCAUUGCCGGGGAUUUAUGCACCGGAGCCUCGCAAGGUGGAUUUAAAACCUUUGCGGGAAGCCAGUAUUGCUGUGCUUACACCGAAGGUCUCAGAGAAGAGGAAGAUCGAAGAAGCCGACGCCAGCAAAGACCUGAAGAAGGCGAAAUUGGAAACCAAAGCGCUUAAGGCAAAAAGGCCAGGCUUCACAGAUGAACGUUACAACGAGACGAGUUAUUACGUGGAAAAUGGUCUACGGAAAGUAUAUCCAUAUUAUUUUACUUUCACAACAUUCACGAAGGGUCGAUGGGUCGGCGAAAAAAUUCUUGAGGUUUUUGCGAGGGAAUUCAGAGCACAUCCGGCUGAAGAAUAUGAGAGAUGCAUUCGAGCUGGUACCUUGACUGUCAACUAUCAAAAGGUCGAUGUCGACUACAGAUUAAGACACAAUGACCUUUUAGCGAACGUAGUGCAUAGACACGAGGUGCCUGUCACCUCGGAGCCGAUCACGGUGAUACACAUGGACGAGGACGUCGUUGUGGUCAACAAGCCCGCCUCCAUCCCUGUUCAUCCGUGCGGUCGAUAUCGGCACAAUACCGUGGUCUUCAUUCUAGCCAAGGAGUACAAUUUGAAGAAUCUCAGAACAAUUCACAGGCUUGACAGACUAACCAGCGGUAUUCUUCUCUUUGGAAGAACACCCAAGAAGGCAAGGCAAAUGGAACAUCAGAUUCGCAAUCGACAGGUUCACAAGCAAUACGUGUGUCGAGUUGAAGGUGAAUUCCCAGAGGACGAGGUUGUCUGUUCGGAGCCAAUUGAGGUCGUCUCAUACAAAAUAGGCGUUUGUAAAGUAUCCGAGAAGGGCAAGGACUGCAUGACAAGGUUCAAACGUCUCAGUUACAAUGGAAAAUCAUCCGUGGUCCUUUGUAAACCUCAAACAGGGCGAAUGCACCAAAUUCGAGUCCAUCUUCAAUACCUUGGUUAUCCGGUCGUUAACGAUCCUCUUUAUAAUCACGUAGUUUUUGGUCCACAGAAAGGAAAGGGUGGCAAUAUAGGCAAGACAGACGAGGAAUUGGUGAGAGAUCUAAUAGGAAUUCACAACGCAGAGAAUUGGUUGGGAAUGGACGGUGAUUCAGACAUGAGUCUCUUCAAGCCAAAACUCGAUUUAGAGCGUGCUUUAACGCCAGGCGACAAAGAAGGUUCGCCCUCUUCAACUCCCGGCCACUCGGAGGAGGAACAGCAGCAACAGACGACGCCCGAGCAGCAACAGCCGCAAAUUCAACAAUCUCUGAAAGUUACUGUCGGCACACAGACAGGCUCCGAGCCACCAGACAGUACAUUCGCAAACGAUAAGAUAACCGUCGAUCCACAUUGUUACGAGUGCAAAGUCAAAUACAGAGAUCCAAAGCCCUCGGAUCUGGUGAUGUAUCUUCACGCGUGGCGCUAUUGUGGCCCCGGCUGGGAGUACGAGACCCCCCUGCCGGCGUGGGCGUCCAGCGACUGGAUUGGUGACGAGCGAUAGUUCCAAUCAUUAAUUCCCGAAAGCUGUCGAGAAUUACAAACCCUCUGACCCUUUUGAUAUCCUACCCCGUGCCUUCCAUCAAUUCGCGAGUCACGCUAAACCUUAAUUGCUUGUUCGAAUUUCUUUUAAUACAAUACGUGUUUAGAAAUUUCCGUUUUUUUUUCUCUCUUUCUCCCCCCAUCAAUGGAAAGGGGAAAAACUGAAAUAUAUUCAGUCUAAAUAACUAUAAAAUCGGAAAAAAAAAUUUCUCUUUCUCCCCCAACAAUGGAAGAAGAAAGACUGAAUAUAUUUCUCCUUUAGCUAAAUAACUAUAAAAUCGGAAAAAAUUUUUCUCUUUCUCCCCCAUCAAUGCAAAGGGCGAAAGACUGAAAUAUAUUUCUCUUUUUUAGCUAAAUAACUACAUAUAUAAACUCGGAAAAAAGUGAUUUUAACGAUUUUUUUAUAAACAAAAAAGAAUGACAAAAAAAAUAAUAUAAUAAAACUUGUCGUAAAGAAAUUUACACAAGCAAUCAAGGAUUUUAAUUGCACCCGCGUUUAUUUCGAGAACAUAAAAUUAUUGCCGUGGGAUUAAUUCGAGUAAGCAUUUAACUUCAAGUGAAACAUUUUUCAAUGGAUAAAAUUUAUUUCUUCAAUUUUAAGGUGAUUCGGCUGCAAUUCUCUCUUAACUGGAGAAAUAAUUUUAAAGCAAAUAAAUUAAAUUUCAACUAAAAGCCAUUUAACUUUGAAAAUUUUAUUAUCUAUAAAAUUACGGUAAAAUUAAAAAUUUUCAAUUAAGAAUAAAAAUAUUUUAUAAAUUAACAAGUAAUAUAAAUAAUAUUACGUAUACAAAUUAAAAUUAAUUUUUAAUUAUAAAAUUAAUUAGACAAAUUAUUUGAUAGAAACAUAAAUUGUAAUUUGUAGGCUAAGAAAUGGUAGAGAUUUAAAAUUAUGUAAUUAUUUCUUUAUCGAUAAAAGAAUGGACAAAUUCUUCAAAUUUGAAGAAAAUAUUUCUAUGUGCUUUAAAA